AUGGUAUCGACUAAAAACCCAAAUCGACUUCCAAUUCAUAAUCCUAGAAAAACGCAUUAUCAAUGUACAUAUACGAAACCAACGCAUACCCAAACACACAUACAAAGAACAACAAGUUUCGAUCCGUCAACUUUGGAUCAACUCGUUUUCAAAACUAGCCAAUUUCAAUCUUCACUUUCUACUCUACCAGUAGGAAGUGGACCUUUCAUUCAUCCGUCUAGACAAGUCAAUCUCAGCAGUCCCAAUCCUACUUGUACAGGUAACAGUACCACUCAAACGAAUCUUGGGGAGACCAAUAAUAGUCAACAAACUUUACCGCUUGGCGAAAAUGAUACGAAUAGAUUAGGUGUACUGGGCUAUGAUCCUUUACAACCUUAUUUCGUCAACUGUCAAUCUCAAAAUCAUCAUUCAGCUCAACAUCAACUACCGUGUAACUAUAUAUCGUCCAAUCAUGCAUCAUCCGUAAGUCAAAUGACCGGAUCUCUUUCCGAUACCAGCUCCAGUAAGAAGAAGAAAGUGCCAAUUGCACCGGCCAGUGCAGGGCUUGGGCUAACGAAAAACCAGAAGAAAAAGAAAUCAAGAGGAGACAAAGGAUUAAUAGUCCAAGUCAAGUUAUCCCAAAAGUUGGAAAAGAAGAAGCACGAACUGAAGAAAAAAAGUAAUAAUCCAACUCCGGCUUCCGUUCUGGGAAGCAUGGAUACCAACGUGGAGGAACAUCCUUGGAUGAAGAUCCAGGUCAACAAUUAA